ACCCUGCUUGGUAGUAUUCAUUUAGACGUUGCUAUAUCAAAGCCAAAUAUAUCCCCAGCAAAGGGGUUUUUGUUUGCAUUAGCAGCACAGUUAAUUAGAACGUUAUCUAUAUGAAGGGCUGAUGGAAGACACAAGGGAUCUGGCUGAACGCACCCCACGUUCAGAGCGUAAGCGGAGAGACUCCUUCGGGAUGUUUGAUGGCUAUGACAGCUGCAGCGAGGAGUCCACCAGCAGCUCCAGUUCAGAGGACAGUGAGGAUGAGGUGGUGCCCUCCAUCCCUGCCAGCUUGCCCAUCAUCAAGAACAAUGGUCAAGUCUACACCUACCCCGACGGCAAGGCAGGAAUGGCCACCUGUGAGAUGUGUGGGAUGGUCGGAGUACGAGAUGCCUUUUACUCCAAAACCAAGCGCUUCUGCAGUGUGUCAUGUUCGAGGAGUUAUUCCUCAAAUUCCAAAAAAGCUAGCAUCUUGGCAAGACUCCAGGGAAAACCGCCAACAAAAAAGGCAAAAGUCUUACAGAAACAGCCUCUUAUGGCUAAAUUGGCAGCUUACGCCCAGUACCAAGCAAGUCAACAAAACCAGGCGAAAUCAAAAGCUGUGGUCCCCGCGGAGAGCUUUGACUGGGGUCAGUAUAUCUGUAGCAAUAACACAGUCGGAGCUCCUGUCAGCUGUUUCAAGCAUGCCCCGAUGGGAACAUGUUGGGGAGACAUAGAAGAAGGUGUUAGGAUUGAAGUUUUCAACUCUGAUACCAGUGUCUCCACUAAGGUGUACUGGAUAGCAGAAAUCAUUAAGCUAGCAGGGUUCAAGGCUCUCCUGCGGUACGAGGGUUUUGACAACGACUCCAGUAAGGACUUCUGGUGUAAUCUCUGCAUCCCUGAGGUGCACCCAGUUGGAUGGUGUGCUUCCAGUGGCAAACCCCUUGUACCUCCAAAAAGCAUACAGCAUAAAUACUCUAACUGGAAAGCCUUUCUUGUGAAGCGUCUCACUGGAGCUAAAACACUGCCACUUGACUUCAAUGCCAAGGUACAUGACAACAUGCAGUUCCCCUUUAAGAAGCUGAUGCGGGUAGAGGUGGUGGAUAAGAACUACCUGUGCCGGACACGGGUGGCGUUGGUGGAGCAGGUAAUCGGAGGUCGCCUCAGGCUGGUCUAUGAGGAGAGCCAGGAUGGGUCGGAUGACUUCUGGUGCCACAUGUUCAGCCCUCUCAUCCAUAAUAUAGGCUGGUCGAGAAGCAUCGGACACCGCUUCAAACGAUCCGAUAUUACAAAGAAAAUGGAGGGGCAGGUCGAUGCUCCUCCUCAGCUCUUCCAGAAGGUAAAAGAUGUGGACCAGAGUGGGGACUGGUUCAAAGACGGGAUGAAGUUAGAAGCCAUUGACCCCCUCAACCUCUCAGCUAUAUGUGUAGCCACUGUAAGAAAGGUGCUGGCAGACGGGUACCUCAUGAUUGGGAUCGACGGUUCGGAGGCAGUGGACGGAUCGGACUGGUUCUGCUACCACGGCACCUCCCCGUCCAUCUUUCCUGUCGGCUUCUGUGAAAUCAACAACAUUGAACUCACGCCCCCUAGAGGGUACACUAAACUACCAUUUAAAUGGUUUGACUACCUCAGAGAAACAGGAUCAAUAGCUGCUCCUGUCAAGCUAUUUAACAAGGAGGUUCCCAAUCACGGUUUCAGACAAGGCAUGAAGCUGGAGGCUGUCGACCUGAUGGAGCCGCGGCUGGUGUGUGUCGCCACGGUGACGAGGAUUGUGCACCGGCUACUGAGGAUCCACUUUGACGGCUGGGAGGACGAGUAUGACCAAUGGGUGGACUGCGAGUCACCUGACCUCUACCCUGUCGGCUGGUGUCAGCUGACAGGCUACCAGCUCCAGCCCCCUGCUUCACAGAGUAACAGAGAAAUGCCUCAAUCUGUGCCCAAGCAAAAGAAGAAGGCCCAGCAGUACAAAGGCCAAAAGAAAAAGAGGAAGAUUCCGGUUGGUCGACGGCCCUUCAGUCAGGCAGGCAGGAGGAGGAGCAGCUUCUCGGGGGACGAAGAGCAGAGUCCGCCCCCUUAUCCUGCCCAGGGGCCCGCUCGGCCCCGGCCCCGAACCCACCUCCACCAAACCCUCAAAUCAGAGUCUCUCAUGCGAAUGAAGGAGGAGACGGCAGAGGUGGACGAGUUCGCCUUCUCGCAGGGCACCUCCGACCAGGAAAGCAACGGCUCGGGCAGCUACUACAUCAAACAGGAGCCCUGAGGAGCCCCCGCGAGGUCAGGACAGAGCAGGACAAACUGGGUUUCAGAACAACACCUUGGGAAAAACCUGGGCGAGGAUCAGGAACAGGGAGAGUCCAAACUAGCCUCUAAUCACACUCACAGACCAAUGCCACAGGCCUUCUAUGGAGUCAACACAGGAGAUGGCGAUCAUGAAGAGAAAGGGCGUCGGGUUCGUGUUUCUGAGGGGAAACGUCUCUCUGGACAGUCUUCUAACCUUGUAGCUGUGUGUGUGUGUGUGUGCAACGUAAUGACCCUUGCAGUCUGAUUGAAGGGGUUGGAAAGCGCCCGGGGGCCAUGCCCGGGUCCACACACAUUUGGGCAUUCUCUUUCGUACCACCCUCUGGGGGUGAUGCAGCAUCGGCUAUCUCUCCUCUCCUGUCUGAAACAUCCAACCAGAUGAGAUUUCUUUGGAUGGAUUAACAAAAAAAAAUCAACCCCCCUUUUUCACUCUCCUCCCCCCCUUGAGAAAUUGGGGGUCGACAUAAGGCCGUCCUGCCUUUGCCACAAUCUGGGCCACGCACAGAGACCUGUAGAAACUGUGAGAACCAUUUAUUGAGCCAGGUCUUUAGUUGUGUGUAUGUGUAUGUGUGCGCGUGUGUGUGUGUGUGCGUGUAUGUAUAUAUACAUAUAUAUAUAUAUAUAUAUAUAUAAAGAUGGGUUUGGUUGGGUUUCAGGUCAGAGAGUCACCCACUGAAAAGCCUGAUGGAGUGAGAGAGGCUGGCAGAGAGAGGAGCAGAGCUGUGUAUAUUUGGAUUACUUUCAUAUUGCCAGGUGGACUUUUACUUUGUUCAAAGUACUUGAAUUUUUUUUCCUUCGUUCUUUCUUUUUUUUUUUUGUAAAGAUGAUGAGUCGUUCUUGUCUUAAUGUACUUAUUUUGCAUUUUCAUCUUUGGCGGCCGUGUGGGGAACGUAACAUGCGUGGAUGGACAGAAAUGAUAUCCAUAUAGUAUGUGAAGCCCUGUUCAGAUAGAAUUACAGAGUAUAGAUCAAGGGUUGUGAUUCCAAGGGAGAUCCUAGUACGGUGAUUCUCAGCAUUACGGAUGUGGUGUUCCUCUUGAAUAGGAGCCAGGGAGUUUUCCACAGCUGCAUUUGUUUCUGAUUCAAACAUUGCAGAAUCAAAAUCUAAUUCCAGGUUGAUAAUAUCGUCAGUAGCAGGAGCUUUGUUUCAACAAAAUCACCCACAAUGAUGCAGAUGGUGUGAAACUGCAGCCAGAAUGUUGUAAUUAUCAUUUCAAUUUUGAUUUUUUUCCUUCUUCCUUUGUUGAUUUGAUCUUUGGAACAAUGUUCAGAUACAGUCUUGAAAGGUUGUGAUUUCUCCCACUAACGGUCCAGGAUGUUGAAGUAUUCAGUUUACAGUGAUAAAGCCUUAUUCUUACAUUUGAGAAGCUGGAAACAUUUUGAAAUUAAGUUAUUAAACCUUUUGAUGAAAUUUCUAGUAUUUUCACAUCCACAUAACAGCUGCACCUGGAGCCUUUAGGAAGUGUGGGGGGGGGGUCAGGUGACAUUUUAAUAGUUCUGUUCUCACUGUUGUGAAAUUUUGCGUAUUACAUGAAUUAUUGGAUGGAAAAUUGAAAUGGUGCAGCUUUAAAGAAAUAAUAUACCUUAUGCAGACAGUAGUCCUUACCAGUUUUAUUUUAAAGACAGAAAUCCUCUUGCACAUUCCACAGGGCUCAGUACGACUUCACAGUCUGUAGAUGUUCAUGUCCCUCAGCUACAUAAAGUGGGUGUUUAUUUUUAUUCUAAUCAGUUUUAUGUCCACUUCUUCUCUUCCCUCCCAGUCCAGCUGGCACCCCAGCCUGUAGGUUACAAUAGAUUACAUAAAGGCAGCAUAAGCUUAAUCAGGCAACCACGUACCUAAUGAUCUGAUGUCAUGUCAGGCAGCUUUGAUGGUGUAAUGUGGAGCUUUAGGGACCUAACUGCAGAUCAGUAACUGCUGUAGCAAGAAUUCAGCAGUUUACAAAAAAAAACAAGUCUUUGCAGAAAUGUUUGAUUUAUAAUUGAGAAUUUUCUUUGUGCUGUAAUGUUGAGCAGAAAUGAUGGAGCUUUGGAGAUGAAACGCUUUUUCCAUUUACAAAAAAAAAAAUCUCCUUGAUUUUAAAGAAAUGAGAAACAACUUUGCAGAGCGGGCAGCAGGGUGUGUUGUGCGACAGAGAAACCUUACUGGUAUGACUGGGUUAAUCCCAGUGUCCAGCCCAAGUUAAAAUAUGUAACUUUGACAUUUACAGUUUGGGUGUAGCUGCUGUCGGGGAGGGACUGACCAGUGCUGGUUCAGAUGCUGGUGGGUGCUGGUGGAUGCAUCCCUCUGUUUCUGUCAGAGGUUGCUUUGCAGCAGUGACUCCUAUUGCAGACGCAGGUGUAUCUGUCAUGGUUUGGACCAUGUCUUCUGUAUUUUAACACUCACAGCUCUGUCUGUAGCUCUUCAUUGAAAUGGAGUGCUGGGGUGUGCCACCAGAGUUAUCAUCAACUUAUUCAGUGUUGGCAACAAAAAUAAAAGCAAUUAGGAAUAUUUUAUUUACAUAAAACCUAAAAAAACAACCCAGAGAGAGGCAACAGAAGCCUGGACCGGCCCCUUUUACCUCAGGGUGUGUGGGGGUGGGAGGGGGGGGUUGAAAACAUAAUUAAUUAAACACUGAAAACGUGGCACACUCCCGACUCCAUCCCGUCAGCACGUGUAGCAUCAGACUUUUGGUUUUUGGUUGAAAGUCAGACUCAUGUUAAGGGAACAGCAGGAGCGUCUGCCUUCCUUUAACAUCGUCACAUCAUCAGGCUGCUUGCUUGUCCAGAUGCCAAAAAGAACACGCUGAGUUUUUUUAUUUGAUUUUAUUAUUAUUAUUAUUAUUAGAGGGUGAUAUGCAAAACAUUAGCGUUUGUGUGGAGUUGCUUAGGUUGUUGUCGUGUCAGAGCCAUAUGUAUGCAAGCUAGUUUGUGAUUCACCUGAGCCACAGAAUAACAGGUUUGUCAUGGAUAAUGAUCAAUGCACUGCUUUUCCAAUAGUCUCUGAGGGCAGCACUCACUUACGGCGACAGGAUCUAAAAGUGGCAUAAAUACAUAGAUUCUAUAUAUAUCUAUAUCUAUACAUUUAUAUAUAUUCUUCCUGACUAUGAUGGUUAUGGUGUAACUAAUCCAGAUGUCCAUGCUUGGCCGUGGAAAUGACAAGUCUCCUCCUCCUUCGUUCUUCUUAGAGCUAGGUUUUUGCAGCUGUUUAUCUACUACCUCCUGAUGCUAGCCACGUUUAGCUAAAAAAAAAAAUAAAAAGUGAGUGAAAUAGACUGUGGCGGUGUGUUUAGCGUAUGCAAAUGAAAAAAAAAAAAGAUUACCUAGAAACGAUCCACUUGAAGACUAGACACCAAACAUGGAAGAAUUUUUUUAUCACAGCACAUGAGGUAGUGUGAGGUCGUCUUCUAAUUUGGAUGAUAUGCAAUAUUCAGAGAUCCAAGAUUAUUUUGCUAUGUUAAAUAAAAAAAAACUAUAGCACCGGCAAAUGUUAUGAUCACUACAUUAAUGUAAUUCAAAUAUGAGAUAAUUUAACAAAAAAAAAAGGGUAUUGUACAAAUGUGGAUUUUGUUUUGUGAGUGAGGGUUCAUAUACAGGAAACUCAGUGCGUGGCCAAAGGCGCUAUGGAAAUGAAGAGCGGAUUUAAACUUCUCAGUGACGGUAAAAGAUCCAUAAUUCCUCUUUCUAUACCAGUAAGGUUCAUGAUUGAAUUCUCAGGAUGUUUGUUGUUUGUUUUUUUUUUUUGUUUUUUGUUUUUUUUCCUUUAUUUGGUUCUAAAGGUUGUAACUGCGAGUCUGAAUCAGCUGGAUUUGAAAAGCUCAAAGGUGUUUUCAUCAUGUGCGUCUGUUCUGUGCAGAGCAAACGAGAGCCAUAACAACUGGGAUCGGACAAGCAACUGAAAAUGGUGACGUUGAACCACAGCUGGGUUCUUCACGUUCAACCAGCUGACUGAAUUAGUGUCUUUGAAAUUCCAGUAGGUGUUUGCAAAAAAUCAGAAAGUUCAUUUAUCAAAGCAGAGAAAUUAUUAUAUUAAAACACUAUCAAUUGAUUGAGUUGUGGUUAAACUUCACAGGUUUUCAGCUGAUUCUGAUUAUUAUGGAAACUCUUUGCCUCUUUACCAAUUCAAACAAAGGUCUUAUCUCAGUUUCCACUUCAUGUGUGUUUCUCCAUGUUUUGCUGCUCCUUAACUGGUUUCCAUGUUAAAUUCUAGAUUUGAAUGAUGUUUGUUGCCUUUUUUUUUUUUUUUUUUUUUGGCUCCUUCUGCUUUUUGUCGCUUGUUUUCCUUUUUACAUCUUAACAGGAUGUGAGGUUUAUUUUAUUUUAUUUUAUUUUUUUCUCUCCUGAUCAGAUUGAACACAAAGCUCAGCUGGAGCGCUGAGCCUCUAAGACCAAAAUGAGCAAUAAAAGACAUUGUCUCACAAUCAUUUGAAGCAGAUACGUUUCAAGUUUAGGAUCUGUUAUAGGAGAUCUUUUUACCUGAUGUUUGGAGGGCAGACUGAAGCAUUAAAAUACUUAAUGGCAAAACUGCAUUAAUAGCUUAGUAAAAAAGAAAGAAAGAAAUUUAAAAAAAAAAAAAAAAGACUGUUCUAUGGACUAACUGCUGCUACCCUUC